AUGGGAACUAGGUGGAAAUUGUUAGCGGAACUCAUUAGUUUGUUGGUGAUGCGUUCCCUGUUAGGCGCCGCGGAUGCAGGUCUUGCUACUCACUGUGGAGGUACUUUUUCCGGUUAUCGGUACGCGAUUAGCAGCCCGAAUUAUCCCGGGAACUAUCCUGGAGAUCUGGACUGCCGUUACGCCCUUAGGGGCAACGAGUCAGGUCGGUGCGAGCAAGAGUUCCAUCUGCAAUUCUUGGACUUCGAAGUGCGACCCUCCGAGGAUUGCCUUAAGGAUUACCUCAGGAUCGGCGAGAAGGACGUUCUCUGCGGAAACGCGGCCGGAAUUAGGAAGUUCAGGGCCAGGAAUGACACCUUGGAUGUCGCGUUUCAUUCCGGAGAAGGGGGCGGAAGCAGGGGAUUCAAGAUUUUGGUUACCGCCCUGCCUUGCUUCUCCUCUUUCGUUGAUUUGGGGAGAAAUAGAUCACUCGCAGAACCUGACGCGACUCUAGGCACUUUGAAGAGGGAAAAAGGAACUGCGGUUAAUCCGGAAGUAAUUAGCCCCAAGAAGGAUGAGAAAGAAGUUUCAUCGAGAAUUCAGCAUUUCUAUCUUGAGAAAAAGCUCGAGGAUGAGCGGGGGGAAAGGAGAAAUUUAUAUCCGGUGUACAGGCCGGAAGUCGGCUUUGCGGAAGAGGAGAGCAUCGAGAAGGGGAGAGGAGACCAACCACCUGUGAGAGCGAUUUCCGGAGAAACUCGGAAAGUGGAUAUUCCGCAGGGAGAAGUCACAUCAAUUAUUCUCCCCGAGCCGGAAGACCACCUGCGACUUCCCGUUUACGAGCAUCGGGAGUUUCGUGGCGAGAAUACCAAAAAGUCGUCGCUAAGAGAGCAGGAGUUCCAAGCCGUGGACAGUAAUUCAAGAAGUUCCCCGGGGGAGGUGCCACCUCGAGUGUCUUCCUUCUUGUUUCUGCCACCGACUCGAAAUCGACAAUCUUCCCAAAACGCCGAUAUUUUGGGAGGGUUUUUAAUUCAUCUCUGA